GGACGUUUUCACCCGAAUUCUUUAGCUGCUCGGGUGCCAUCGCCUGGCGCCCCUCUGUGGGCUCCGCAGUAAAUGCCCUCACCCCAGCCCUGCAAGCCAUGACCCCCGCGGGCUGCAGGCUCCGCUUCCACUGUGGGGUGUCCAUUUGCAUCAGUGCGCUUAUUUGCUGCUGUUUAUGUUCACCUUAGACGGGUGCGGGGUUGGGGGCGGGACGGUCUAAGGUAGGCUCGCGGAUCUGCAUGCGCUGCGGGUGUGUCGGGAGGCGAGCGUAACAGGGCUUCUGUCUUUGCAGAGCCAUGGGAAGCAAGAAGAAGGAAAUCGCCCUGCAGGCCAACAUCAGCACCCAGGAGCUUUGGGAGGAAAUGCUCAGUUCCAAAGGACUAACUGUGGUCGAUGUCUAUCAGGGCUGGUGUGGCCCCUGCAAGCCUGUGGUGAGCCUCUUCCAGAAGAUGAGGAUCGAGGUUGGCCUGGACCUUCUGCACUUUGCAUUGGCGGAGGCAGACUGUCUUGACGUCCUCGAAAAAUACCGCGGGAGGUGUGAGCCCACCUUCCUGUUCUAUGCGGGAGGGAAACUGGUGGCUGUGGUUAGAGGAGCAAAUGCCCCACUGCUGCAGAAAACUAUCCUGGACCAGCUGGAGGCCGAGAGGAAGGUGCUGGCUGAAGGCAGAGAACGGAAGGUGAUCAAAGACGAGGCUCUCUCUGAGGAGGAGGAACGCUUUUCCCAUGAAAAGGACGGUGGCGAAGACGCGGACGUGGCUUCAUCAGAGAAGACCUGUACCUUGGCGAUCAUUAAACCAGAUGCAGUCGGCCACGGGAAGACUGAUGAGAUCAUCAUGAAGAUCCAGGAAGCUGGGUUUGACAUUACAAUGAGUGAAGAGAGGACCAUGACGGAGGCAGAAAUGCGACUCUUCUACCAACACAGAGCUGGAGAGGAGGCAUUUGAGAAGCUGGUACAUCACAUGUGCAGUGGGCCGAGCCACCUCCUGAUCCUCACCAGGACUGAGGACACCGAGGACGUUGCCACCACCUGGCGAGCCCUCAUGGGACCCUGUGACCCGCACGUGGCCAGGAGGGAGCAGCCUGACAGUCUCCGCGCUCAGUACGGCACGGAAGUGCCCUUUAACGCGGUCCACGGGAGCCGGGACGCGGAGGACGCCCGCCGAGAGCUGGCUCUGCUCUUCCCCAGCUUUACGUUUGCAGACCACGUCCCGGAAGCCGCUCUGGACCGCGAGGAAGGAGUGGUGGGCCCCACCGAGGUGCUUCCCUUCCCUGAGGAAUUGCACUGAGAUGGACGUGCAGCCUCCGCAGCACGGGACCCAGGGCGCGGCCAGCAAGUGAAAUGCCAGUGCGUUCCCAUCUGCUGCGCAUAAGGAAAGCUCUAGAAUCGGAGCUUUUGAGCUCCGAUUUCUUUUAGUUUAGCUCUCUUUCAUGAAUAAUAAAAUAGUUUCCUGCCUUAUUAAACAGUAUAUAGCACAUAUACUUUUCUUUUGUGGCUGUUUCUGGAAUUUUACAAAGUAAGUGGACAUUAGGCGUACUCUGCUAUGUUGUCUUGGGGGAAACGG